AUGUCUGCUGAAGUACAGAAGUAUCUUAACGAAAGAGGAGUUGCUACGAGCAGGAACACGGCUUAUGAUCCUAGAGGAAACGGUCAAAUAGAGAAACUGAACAGUAGUCUUUGGAAAGCUAUAACCUUAGCUUUACACUCCCAGGACUUGAAAAAUGUGAGACCCCUUGUGCCGAGAGACGGUUCUUAUGGGAAUGCGACAUCCUCACUUCAAAGCCAAAGAGAAAACAACGCAGAGAACUCUACUCUGAAACCUCCUGCUAACCAAACAACCAAGUCAUUCUUAUCGGGGGAAGUGGACCCGGUUGAAGCCCCGACCAUUGAGUCGCCAAGUAACGUUGUUGGCACUGAUGCUGAUAGCACUGAUACUGAUAGUACUGAUACUGAUAGUACUGAUACUGAUAGUACUGUUGCUGAUAGUACUGAUACUGAUAGUACUGAUACUGAUAGUACUGAUACUGAUAGUACUGUUACUGAUAGUACUGAUACUGAUAGUACUGUUACUGAUAGUACUGAUACUGAUAGUACUGAUACUGAUAGUACUGUUGCUGAUAGUACUGAUACUGAUAGUACUGAUACUGAUAGUACUGAUACUGAUAGUAGGCUACUGAUACUGAUAGUACUGACACUGAUAGCUACUGAUACUGAUAGUACUGACACUGAUAGUACUGAUACUGAUAGUACUGAUACUGAUAGUACUGAUACUGAUAGUACUGUUACUGAUAGUACUGAUACUGAAAGUACUGAUACUGAUAGUACUGUUACUGAUAGUACUGAUUCUGAUAGUACUGAUACUGAUAGUACUGAUACUGAUAGUACUGAUAUUGAUAGCACUGAUAUUACCAAGCCAACCUGCCUAUACAACGUAAGAGAAGGAAAAUCAAAACCCAACUACAGGGUUUAA